AUUAACCUAACUUUCAAAUUUAAACAAACUGAUCAAUUUUAGAAAAUGUUUUUUAUUAUCGGCUUAGGUUUAGGUGAUUGUAAAGACAUAUCAGUAAAAGGGUUAGAAAUUGUCAAACGUUGUGAAAAGGUUUAUUUGGAGGCGUACACAUCUAUAUUAACGUGUGGUGCUGAAACCUUAGAAGAAUUCUAUGGACGCAAAUUAAUAAUUGCAGACAGAGAUUUAGUUGAACAAGGCGCUGAUGAUAUUUUGGCAGGGUCGAAAAACAGUGAUGUGGCCCUAUUAGUUGUAGGUGAUCCUUUUGGAGCUACAACACAUACUGACUUAGUUUUACGUGCUAAAGAAAAGGGCAUUGAAGUGCAAGUUGUUCACAAUGCAUCAAUUUUAAAUGCAAUUGGAUGUUGUGGACUGCAAUUAUAUAGUUUUGGUGAAACUGUAUCAAUUCCUUAUUGGACAGAAACCUGGCAACCUGAUAGCUUUUUCCCAAAAAUUUAUAACAAUUAUAGAAAUAAAUUACAUACGUUAUGUUUAUUAGAUAUAAAAGUCAAAGAACCCACAUUAGAGAGUUUAACGAAAAAGAAAAAAGAGUAUAUGCCACCUAAAUUUAUGUCAGUCAGUGAAGCUUCUCAACAAUUAAUUGAGAUUAUAAAAAACCUUCAAGAAAAGGGAGAUACUUUAGAAAUUACAGAAGACAGCUUGUGUGUAGGUUUAGCAAGAGUUGGAUCACAAAAUCAACAAAUAGCGGCAUGCUCCUUAAAACAAAUGGCCAAAUUGGAUUUGGGCGGACCAUUACAUUCACUAAUAAUUGCUGGACCACAUCUUCAUCCCUUGGAAACUGAAUAUUUACAACAGUUCAAGGUUUAACAAAAUAUGAACAAUAUGAAUAAUGUCUUUAUAAUUGUAUUCAAAUAAUCUAAAAGCAUUUAAAAUAUAUCUUUUGCAAACUUU